AUGAUCCUUGACAGUGUGGAGAGCGAUGCCUUGGGUGCAUGGAAAAUGAUCCCUGGGGGCAUGGAGGGUGACCCCCUGACACACGGACCCCCUGAGCUGAUGGUCCCCAAGUUGACCGCCCAGCCCGAGGCCUGGAAGUUGCCUGUCCCCAACAGGACGACGAUGGCUCUCCUCCCGGAUCGGCGACGACGUCCAGACGCGGCCCACAGAGCAGGUGUCGCUGCAGGGCCGCCGGGCGGGCUGGGCGCGGCGCUCGUGCCGAGCACUUCCGGCGCCUCUAUGGUGGCGGCGCGGCGGGGGCGCCGGGCGGCGCACAGCACCGGGCUGGCGGCCCUCGGGGGCGGGGGCCGGGUUGCCCCCCGUCGCUGGCUGUCCGCCGGCAAGGCCCCCUCCGUGCCCGGCGGUGGCCGGCGGUGGGUGCCGCCCUGGCAGCGGGCACGGGAGCCGGAGGUCCGGCCGGGGGGCGCCGAGCUGCGCCGGCUGCUGGAGGACGACGCGCCCCGGGGGCGGGAGCGGGAGCGGCUGGCGGCGGGCACGGAGGCCCUGUUCGGGGUGGCACCGUGCUCCCUGGCACUGCUGGCAGCCCGCAGGGCCGCCACCCGCCUGUUCCUCAACGCCCCCCGGCCGGGGCUGGCCCGGCUGGCCGAGGCGCGGGGGGUCCCGCUGCGGACUGUCCCGCGCAGGGUCCUGGACGGGCUGUGCGGGCACCGCGGGCACCAGGGGGUCUGCCUGGAGGUGACGCCCCUAAGGCCCGGCAGCUGGGCACGACACGGCGGGCAAGGGGAGGGCGACGACGGCGAAAAGGGAAGACGGGGGCAGCGCCUCUGCCUGCUCCUCGACAGGAUCCAGGACCCCAGGAACCUCGGGGCCCUCCUCCGCACCGCCCACUUCUUCGGCGUGGAUGAAGUCAUCACCAGCCUGACCAACAGCUGCCCACUGUCCCCCGUGGUGAGCAAGGCCAGCGCCGGAGCCCUGGAGGUCCUGCAGGUGUACGGGGCCGACGACCUCCCGGGAUUGCUGAAGGCAAAAGCGGCGCAGGGGUGGAUGGUGGCCGGCACAGUGGAUUGCUCGGAGUCCAGGAGCCCCGUGCUCAGUUGCCUGGACUUCCGCUGGGACCGGCCCACCGUUCUGGUGGUAGGCAACGAAGGCUCAGGGCUAUCCGCAGAAGUCAAGGACGCCUGCCAGGUUCUGCUGAACAUCUCUCCUGGGUGGAAGAUAACCUCCGGGAUUGAAUCUUUGAACGUCUCAGUGGCAGCUGGUGUCAUCCUCCACUCCAUCUGCAGUCAAAGGAAAAGCCAGUGACGGCUGCUUCAUGGGGCUGGGGAAGAGCCGACGGAGCCACCGAGAACUUUGGAGCCCGGAUUCCAAGGGGAAGCAGGGGGUUCCUCGUCCGGGCGUGUGGGGGAAUGUGAAGGUCAGUGACGGAGACGACGGAUGGGCUUCGGUCCAGCCACGAAGAUGGAAGUCGCUGGAUUGAGAAGCCGCUCGAAGGACUUGCCAGUGGUGUGGGCGGGGGCGCUUGCACUCCGUCAUCCCUGCCGGUGGUGUUCCCCCCUGGAUUAGCGGGCACUGUGAAUGAGUAGGUGGGCAGCGGUGCAGCGUACUGCAAAGGGCAAACCUUCAGUCUCGGUGCAGAGCGCUUUGAUGAUCCAAGGGACCGAAGCCUAGUGCUGCUCUCGUGCCAGAGCACCAUGGGCCAACAGGUGGUGAUCAGGGGAAGCCACUUCGGUAGCCACUGUGGUCUUUGCGGGCCACGUUUGCCACGUAUUUUUCAGAAUUUGUUCUGGGCCCGUCUACCUCGCAGCAUGCUGUAGACGGAAGUUUUCACCGCUGAUUACAAUACAGUCCCAGCAGAUCCUCCCUUAUGUCAACUGCCCCCCGUCUCCUCUCCCUCACCGUGGUUGGACUUCGAGUGGCGUCUGCCGAUUUACUGGAACUGUGGGAUUUUAAGGGCACAACAGCUCUCUGUCAUGGGGUAGACACUUCGACCUAUGCGUGCUCUAAACAUUAAAGUGAAUGUC